UGUAACCUGUCCUGUAGAUCCCCAAUGCAACAGACUAGCGUGGGAACUACUGCUAGUUUAGGCCGGUGUUUUACGCUAAAAUGGCGGCUCCCUUAAUGUUGGUGCUUUUGGUAGCCGUAACGGUUCGGGCCGCUUUAUUCCGUUCCAGCCUGGCCGGACUCAUCUCUGAGAGGGUGGAGGUGGCGUCUCCUUUAAAUGCCUGGAAACGAGUGGUUGAAGGACUAGCAUUACUUGAUUUGGGUGUAUCUCCGUAUUCUGGAGAUAUCUUUCAUGAAACACCGUUUAUAAUAUACCUCUUUCAUUUCCUGAUUGAUUAUGCUGAACUAGUGUUUAUGUUUACAGAUAUUUUGACGGCUAUAGCCCUUUAUUUAGCUGUUCAGGAUUACAACAAAGUUUUGUUUAAAAAGCAAAAACUGCUAAUAGAAUUGGAUAAAUAUGCAUCUGAUGCUGCAGAGCUUAUCCGGACUCCUAUGGAAAUGUACUAUGUUCCUCUCAAAGUAGCACUGUUUUACCUAUUGAAUCCAUACACUGUGUUGUCUUGUGUGGCAAAAUCCACCUGUGCCAUCAACAAUGCUAUAAUUGCAUUCUUCAUUUUGGCAACAAUAAAAGGUAGUACUUUUCUGAGUGCUAUAUUUCUGGCAUUAGCAACGUAUCAGUCUUUGUAUCCUCUUACUUUGUUUGCACCAGCCGUUCUCUAUUUAUUACAGCGGCAGUUCAUACCAGUGAAAAUGAAAAGCAAGGAGUUCUGGUUUUACACUAUGCAAUAUGCGGGAUUAUAUUUGGGAAGUCUGAUAGUGAUAAUUUGUCUCUCAUUCUUCGUCCUCAAUUCAUGGGAUUUCAUUCCAUCUGUUUAUGGUUUCAUCCUUUCUGUUCCAGACCUGACACCCAAUGUUGGCCUUUUCUGGUACUUCUUUGCUGAAAUGUUUGAACAUUUCAGUCUCUUUUUUGUGUGUGUUUUUCAAAUCAAUGUUUUCUUCUACACUAUUCCAUUGGCGCUAAAAUUAAAGGAACAUCCCAUGUUCUUCAUGUUUGUUCAGUUGGCCAUCAUUUCCAUCUUUAAGUCCUAUCCAACUGUAGGUGAUAUUGCUCUCUACAUGGCCUUCCUUCCUCUCUGGAGCCACUUAUAUCAGUUUUUGCGGAAUGUCUUCAUACUUUCCUGUGUACUCAUUGUGUGUUCCCUGCUGUUUCCGGUUUUAUGGCAUCUCUGGAUUUAUGCAGGAAGUGCAAAUUCCAAUUUUUAUUAUGCAAUCACAUUGACAUUCAAUGUAGGCCAGAUUUUUCUCAUCUCGGAUUAUUUUUAUGCCUUCCUGCAGAGGGAAUACUACCUCAUUCAUGGAAUCCACUUAAUAAGAAAAGAUAGGACAGAUCCUAUGUUAGUUCUUAAAUAAUCCUGGCAUUUGAUGUGACUUGAGGAAGAGACAUUUAUGAAAAAAGAUGAUACUUAAGUAGGCGGGAAACUGAUUUUUGGAAGAAACUGUUUUGCAUAUGGAGACUAGGCUGCGAUAUGGGAAUAACACUAAUCCUGAUACAGAGUUGGUUCUAAGAACUUGUGAACAAGGUGGAAGAGACUGCAUUUAUAUCCUGUUUAAAGCUGUUUCCUCCAGCCAUAGCAUUGCUGUGAACCCUGUUCAACAAUCCUUGAGAUUCUUCGGGUAAACUGCAUUGGGACUUACAAUCAAAAUGAGCUUUUGUACCUAGAAGCAAGGUGGUAGGUGAUGAUGAUAAUGAUGAUUUCUGGGAAUACUGUUUGGAAGUUUUUUUCAGGAAACGAAUAGUAUGCAUUAUUUUGGUUUUUCCUGCUUUGCUUCCUUUGUUGUCACUAUUCAUUUACCUGCCUAAAUUUACAGAGGUCUUUGAAGAAAAGGAAGCUACAUAGAACAUCUUGUGCUAAUACUAGAAGCUAGGAGGCCUGAUACGACACGGUGCUCUAGACAGAUGGUGGUUUCAAUACCAGUCGGAACCAGUCUGGCAGACAUGGAAAGCUAAAUCCCAGAUUUUAAACGACAGUAGUCAGGAUUAGGAUUACGGUCACGAGGUGGAUGGAAUUUGUUCACUUUAUUUUAAGGGAAAAUGGUAUUUCUCCAUCUGGAGAUACCACUGUGUUAUUUGGAUAUUAGUUUUAAGGAAGUUAGAUUAACAAAGCAUGAUAUAGGAAAUCUUCCCUGCCCCCUCCUCCCUCCCCUGGUGGAAUGCACAUGGAUCUACAUGGUCAUAGGUGAGCUAUGUAAUCCAUUUUUUAAGAGAUGCAUAAAAUAAUUCCUCUACCUUGAUUCAAUUUUGAGAGCAUAAUAUGUGUUUUUUUAUUUUUCUGAUUUUGUGCAAAAAUAAUCAGAAAGCCACAAACUUUUUAAUUUCUCUCCAAAUCAGACCGAUGUAUUUCCACAUGAUGCUAAGCCUUUACAAUACUCAGACCAUUACAUACAUAUUCCAGCCAAAGUGUUACCUCUUUGCAGAGCAAUCAAAUGUGAGGGUGUUAGAAAAGAGGCUAUGCAAAAAGGCUGGUCCAUUCCCAUCUACCUUCAGUGUUGUCUGGGCAGAUUUCGUAUGUAUGUAUGUAUGUAUGUAUGUAUGUAUGUAUGUAUGUAUGUAUGUAUGUAUAUAUGUAUCGUACUUGCUGCUAUUUUAAAUUUUUCCAACUUAAUGUAGCUGCACCUGAGGUCUUUCUCUGUUAUUUUAGUCGCAGUAUGUUUUUAUCACAGAAAAGCUAAGCAAAACUUAACCAAGCUCCCAGUUCCCAGAAAAAGGAUACUCUACUUUUUUUUUACCUUUGAGCAGAAAUGAUAAGAUUGGGAGGCACUGAAUUUAGUAUUAAAUAUGCCAUCUGUUACUGUUUGCAAAGCCAUUCUGCAGGUCACACAUACGCUUUUCUUUUACAAUGUAUUUCUUACUAAGUGCUCUUUCAAAAGGAAUUAAAAAUAAACAUCUUGCCUUAUUAAACUACAGAGUGUAUUAUAUGUGGAAUGCUGCAGCUGUGUCUAGAAAGGACUCUACAUUGUAUUAUCAAAAAAAAUCUGUAUUGUCCAAUCCCAAGAUUGUGAACAGUGUGCAUGUAUAUAAAACAAAGAGCCAUUCCAGCUGCCUCAAUUAAUUGAUCAAUACAUCAAUAUUAAAUACAUUAAAACCUAAUUAUAAUAAUA